AUGUCUAAUACUGAAUUCAAAGCACGUGCGCUCUACGAUUUCGUGGCUGAAGGUUCAAAUGAACUCAGUUUCAGUGCGAAUGAAAUUCUGACGAUAACAUCCAGCACAGCUGGACAUGGUUGGUGGUAUGCGAAAAACUCUUCAGGGCGAAUGGGUGUCAUUCCAGAAAACUAUGUCCAAGCUCUAGCCGAUCCACCAGAACCAAAUGAACCACCACCAGCUAUGUCAACUUUUUCUCAUACCAACAAUAACUAUCCUAAUCUCGAUGUAUUCGGUAGCAAUAAUAAUACAGCAAAAAGCAGUUAUUCCCCACCGGCCUAUGAUCAGCAUCAAUACAUGAAUCCAGGUACAUAUACUAACAAUUGGCAAGCGCAAGACACAUCGGCAUGGGCAUCAUCACCGCCACUACCACCACCACAACUAACAAACAGCAAUCGUCAAAUAUCAAAAAAAGACACUGACUCCGACGACAGUUUCAGUGAUUCGGAAUAUCCAACUGCACCGUCGAAUACGACGAAUUUCAACACUCAAGCAAAACAGCCUUCUGUAAAUGUAGCACCUACGUUACCGGUUCAUUCAACUUUAUCGAGUCAAGUUCGCAGUUCAAUUGUCGGAGGUGAAACAAGCAAAAGUGCACCACGAGCACGAUUUUUCGAUAAACAUGGUUUAGAUAGUUAUUUAUUAAAUGGUGGUAAAGGCAAAUCACCAGAUGAACAUGUUGAAAUAACUUAUGAUGACCGAGAAGGCGGUGUUUGUUGGUCACCAAAUCCUGGUAUGCCACCAUUUACAUGUAAAAUCGAAGAGCCAUCGAAAGGAACCAAAUUAGGAGGAUUGAAAGCAUUCACCGAAUAUAAAAUCUCUCCUCAAAUACACGGAAAACAGCCUGUCAACAGACGUUAUAAACAGUUUGAUUGGUUGCAUGAGCAACUCGUUAAUAAAUAUCGCUUUCUCUCUAUUCCACCGUUACCUGGCAAACAGAUAGCAGGACGAUUCGAACAAGAUUUUAUUAAAGAACGUCAACGAUUACUUGAAUUGUGGCUUAAUCGUGUAUGUCGUCAUCCUGUACUCUGUGCAUCUUUUCCUGUUCAACAUUUUAUUACCUGCGACGGUAGCGAUAAGAACAAAAAGGAAUGGAAAGGUGGAAAACGUAAAAUCGAAAAAGAUGAAUUCCGCGAUGCAUCAUGGUUACAAUGUGUAACUGUGAGAGACACAAGAAUAGCUGAAGAUGAAUUGCAUUCACAAAUAGACGCCUUUGUUCACCAACAGCCAGGUCUUGAAUCCCAAUUUAGAAAUCUCAGUCAAGGUUUAACGAAGUAUACCGAACGUUACACCGAUACUUACGAACGAGAUAUUCAGAAAAUUGGUGAAUUAUUUUCCAAAGUUCAUCUUGCUGUUCAAAUUGAUAAGACCACGCCGGGUAAUCAGGAAUUAUCCAACUCAAUCAAUAAAAUCAGCCGAUCUUACAAUGAUAUAGCUGAAUCAUAUAAAACAAAGGGAAGUGAAGGUCUUCGAAAUUUCAACGAACGCAUUCAAGAAUAUAUUGGACUUCUUGGCUGUUUUCCAUCAAUAUUAGGCAUUCAAAAGAGUGCCUCGGAUUUUAUGAAAACUGUCCAGCAACGUGGAAUCGAUGCCAGCGAUGCUGCUCGUCGUUAUCACGAUCUAAAUCAUGUUGUUCUAGCAGAAAUCAACUUCUUUCAAAAGCAGAAGGUCAUCGAUCUUAAUGAGUAUCUGCAAGAAGUCGUUGACGAACAAACAAACUUUUACGGCGAAAUCGCUGCCAAGUUACGUGAAGUUACGUUCAACGCAAAAUAA